AUGAUAUAUCACUUGAACUCCACCUUUGGAAUUAUUGCAGCAUUUUCCCGUGUCGGGAUUGCGCCUGCUGCCUUCCUUGGAUGUAGCCGUUUUCAGACUUCUCAGGAAUCGAACCCUAAUUCCAAGUUACCCGUUAAAACCAUG